UUCCCCUCCUAUCAAUCGCUGCCAAAGUGCUAAAGCAUGAGGUGAGACCAAGUGCGAAAGUGUCGUCUGUGGGUGGCGGAGGCGCCAUUUUUGGCUUUUCUUCACCUUUUGUUUAGGGUUUGUCUGAUUGCCUGUUACAAGUAAAGAUCAUCUUUGAAUUUGAAUUGAAAUGGCAUUCCACAAGAUAAAGGUGAUGAAUCCCAUCGUUGAGAUGGACGGAGAUGAAAUGACUCGGGUUAUUUGGAAAUCUAUAAAGGAAAAGCUUAUCUAUCCCUUCUUGGAGUUGGAUAUCAAGUAUUUUGACCUUGGCGUUCAUAAUCGUGAUUCAACUGAUGAUAAAGUUACCAUAGAAAGUGCUCAAGCUACUCUUAAGUAUAAUGUAGCAAUUAAAUGUGCAACUAUAACUCCAGAUGAAGGCCGUGUUAAGGAGUUCAACUUAAAGAAAAUGUGGAAGAGUCCAAAUGGGACAAUUCGAAACAUUUUGAAUGGCACAGUUUUCAGGGAACCAAUUAUCUGCAAAAAUAUCCCUCGACUUGUCCCAAGUUGGACCAAGCCAAUCUGCAUUGGGAGACAUGCUUUUGGUGAUCAGUACCGAGCAACUGAUAUAGUUGUACAAGGAUCUGGAAAACUUAAGCUUAUUUUCGUGCCAGAUGCAAGCGAUGAGAAGAUGGAGCUGGAGGUUUUCAACUUCAAAGGUGAUGGAGGUGUAGCUUUAUCCAUGUACAAUACUGAUGAGUCUAUCCAUGCUUUUGCUGAGGCUUCAAUGAACACUGCUUACCAGAAAAAGUGGCCACUUUAUCUUAGCACAAAAAAUACAAUUCUGAAGAAGUAUGAUGGAAGAUUCAAAGACAUAUUCCAAGAAGUUUAUGAAACUCGAUGGAAAUCAAAGUUUGAGACUGAAGGUAUAUGGUAUGAGCAUCGGCUUAUUGAUGACAUGGUUGCUUAUGCUCAAAAAAGCGAAGGAGGUUAUGUAUGGGCAUGCAAAAACUAUGAUGGAGAUGUGCAGAGUGAUUUCUUAGCCCAAGGUUUUGGAUCUCUUGGGUUAAUGACAUCAGUUCUGGUCUGCCCAGAUGGAAAGACUAUUGAAGCAGAAGCAGCCCAUGGCACGGUUACACGCCACUACCGUGUUCAUCAGAAAGGAGGUGAAACCAGCACUAACAGCAUAGCGUCAAUCUUUGCUUGGUCACGAGGCCUGGCACACAGGGCAAGGCUGGAUGGCAAUGCCAGACUGCUAGAUUUUACUGAGAAACUGGAAGCGGCCUGUGUUGGAACAGUUGAAUCAGGGAAGAUGACUAAAGAUCUUGCGCUUCUCAUUCAUGGACCUAGGGUUACUAGGUCUCAGUAUCUAAAUACUGAAGAAUUUAUUGACGCUGUAGCGAAGGAGUUGAGUAAAAGACUCCAUGUCAAAGCAAAUUUAUAAAACAUGUGGCCUCUCACUCAGCUUUAUACUUGGCAAUAAUGUCUAUACCUGCAGUUUGAUUCAGCUCACAUAUGGUUUUGAAUUUUAGUUACCUGGAUAGUUUAUUUAUCAAUGUUCUAUCUUGUUCAUAUAUGUACUGCAAUGAUGCUCCCAGCUAUGCUGCUGAAGUGAGCAAGGAGUUGAAUAAAAACUAAGCUCGAUGCACUCUGCA